AUGUCGGACGAUACCAACAGCAAGGGCAUCGCCAACAAACUCGCCCGUUUGCUUGGGGCACACGCGGUCGACCCGUCGCCCGCCCAGAUCCGCCAGCUCCAGAGGGACCUGUCCCACGCAGGUCUCACAGCGGCCGAGCGAUCCAUCCAAGACGAUACAUUCGAGACACGCAUCGAUGCAGGUGACCUGAGCCGCCGUGACCUGCAAGUCGUCGAUGCGGCGUUCAGCGAGGCGGCAAGGUUCCCGCUCGUGUCCAUCUCCGCGGCAGUCACGACCACAGUGCUGAGUUUGUGGUUCCCGUACUUUCGCCGCAGCUAUCCGCGUCCCGUUCGUGUAAUCGGCAACUUGUUCAUAUGGAGUGUGGGCGGCUCAGUGUUCGUCUUGACCUUGCCGAGGGUCCAAGAGAAGAUGGUGGAAAACGGCGUUCGGAACGGUAUCCCAGACUACCAUCGCAAGCUACAGGUCAUUCACGAGACCGCUGUGGAGAGUGAGCGCAGGAUAUCCCGCCUCCGCGCCGGUCUCAGCUCGGACGCGUUCAGUCUCGAGGACGAAGCGACCGACGCGGCCAUGGCGGACAAGCCUGCCACUGCUACCCAGCGCGGCCUCCAACAGGCCGGUCUGCCAUCGGGCCCAGCUGCUGGGAACGGAAACGGCAGCGCCUCGCAUGACGACGCAUGGGCUCGCUUGCGUCAAGGCAACAGUGUAGCUCCCAGCUCGUCGAGCACUGUUCCGGCCACGAAGAAGACAAAGGAGACGCGCGCGGAGAAGGCAGCCGACGAGGCAAGGGCGUUUGUGCAGAAGGAGGACAGGUAUGACGAUAUCCUUGACAGCGUGGCCGUGGGUAAGGAGAAUGACAGGAGGUGGGUCUAG